AUGGCGAAACAUUCUUCUUCCUCUGGGGGCCGAACAAACCUCGCUUCAUGCGCCGUCGCAACUGUCUUCAUCGUCUUCCUUAUCAUCGCCGCCGUUACCGUUUACCUCACAGUCUUUAGACCGAGAGAUCCAGAGAUCUCCGUCACCAACGUCAAAGUCCCGUCAUUCUCCGUCGCCAACAGCUCCGUCAGCUUCACCUUCUCUCAAUUCUCCGCCGUUAGAAAUCCAAACCGCGCAGCUUUCUCUCACUACAACAACAAAAUCCAGCUCUUCUACUACGGUAACCGGAUCGGUUCCACGUUUAUACCGGCUGGUGAGAUCGAAUCGCGUCGAACAAAGCGCAUGUUCGCCACUUUCUCAGUGCAGUCGUUUCCACUUUCUAAUUCUCAAAUAUCCGCCGCCGAUUUUCAGCGCUCUGGAACCGGGUUAGCGGAGGCGGUUAACCGGGCCGGGUCUACAGUGGAAAUAGAGUCGAAGCUGGAGAUGGCGGGUCGGGUUCGGGUUCUCGGUCUGUUUAGUCACCGGAUCGCAGCAAAAUCCAAUUGCAGGAUAGCGAUUUCCACGAGUGAUGGGUCGAUUGUAGCCGUCCGUUGUUGA